GCACUAGCAACACGGUCCCAUUUGUAGCUCUUGGUCGAUCGCGAGCUAAAUAUACUGUACAAUUAAUUAAACAGCUGAGUCUAGCUAGCUUUACAAUUCUAUCAUGACGCGUCUUCGAAUGACCAAGCAUCUUGAAGAAUGGAUGGAGGUUCGCAAAAUAUACAGUGCAGAGAUAGACAAAAUCAAUGCUAAUCUGGGUGUGAAACCACUGAAAUUGCCGGCAUCGCAUGACGAAUUCGCGGGACACCUUCUCGACGUGCACCAACACUGGUGUAAAGCUUGUGUGCCUACCAGUACCGCAUCGACAAAAAGAUCCCUGCACACAAAGGUUAGUGUGUGUGUAGAUCAAUCAACUCAAACAAUGUCUUUUUUUGAUUGCUCUCCACCCGUGAAACUCGUGCCACCUUUAACAAGGAUACAACCUAGUGGCCCACAGAAGAUUAGAAUAGAUCGUGUUAGUAAUCCACUUUCCAAUGGUCCUAAGACUCCUAACAUCAAAGUCAUCUUGGUUAAAAAGUCUACAGCAGGAGUUCUGAGACAAGAUUCUGGCAGUACUCCACAAGCUCUGAACAAUCUAAUGCAGCUUGGUUCAAACUUGCAGGCAGCACAGCCUCUGCAGGGAAACCUUACAGGACCUUCUCAGCCCCCAGCAAGUGGUGUUUUACACGGCCUUCUGACUGGAAAAAAUAUUUCUGGAUCGACUCAAGUGGUGAAGAUGGAACCUGUUGAAUCCAUGGAAGACUUUGAGCAGUUGCCUAAACAAGAGUUCUGUCAGGCAAAGUGCAUUGAUGAAAAAGAUAAUACAGAGGAUUACAUCUAUGAUGAUGGUAGUAUGACAUUGGACGAUGGGAAAGAACUUGAUCCUGACAAAAAGCUGUCGAGAGCGACAGAUCUUCCGGUCGCAGUCGUCGUGAAAGAAGAAGUUUUGUCAGACUUGGAACAAUCAAACUUGGUGCAUUCUGAUAAGGAAGAGUCACUCUUUGAUCCAAGACAGGACCGAGAAUUUGGAUCUGAUAGCAAGCUCGAGCAUUCUGAAACAGGGUGGCAUGAGGAGGAGGAAGAGGAGAAGGAAGAGGACGAGGAUGAAGAGGAUGAAAUGGAAGAUGAUAUGGAAAUAGACUAUGAACCUACUCAUGACCCUUCAGCCAGUAUGCCCCAACAUUUGUCACAGAACAGCAAGGAUAAACCAGGAUCCAGCCAGGCUAAGUCUUCCAAGUGUCUUGAUGACCAGGACAGCCUUGAAUAUGGAGGAGAUAGUGAUGAAGACGUUGAGGGUGAACCUGCUCUUAAAAGAAAAAAACACCAGAGCAAAGCUUCCAAACCAGCCUUUAAGUUCCCAGAAGCAUGCCCAAUCUGCUCUGAGGCCUGGAAAGAGAAACCAGAUAUUAUGCGCCAUUUACACAAACACAUCCCGAUUGAUAAGGGCCCAGAAGCGAUCAAGGAUGCCGUCCAAUCAAUCGAAAGCCAAUUAAAGGGGCACGAUUUUGACAUGGGAUGGUGUGGUGAGUGCAAAAAACUCCUCUUGCGUUAUAGAUCACACAUGAACAGAAUCCACAACAAGCAUAGAGAUCGUGUCGUACUGUGUCAGCAGUGCGGUAAAAUGAUCAGAAGUUUCUGUAUCAAACAGCAUCAGAUCUCACACCUAGAGGUCAAGGAAAGCGAUUACGUCCAAUGUCCAGAGUGCCCCUCAAGGUUUAAGCACCGGAUGUACCUCAGGGGUCACAUUAGGGAUGUUCACAGCAGGAAGGGUUUCGAGUGUUCUACCUGUGGCAAGAUCUUAAAAAAUCGGGAAUGUUUCAGGCGACAUGAAGCAAUCCACAGCGGAGUUAAACCCUAUCCAUGCUCCAAGUGUGACAAGUCGUUCACUCAAAGAAGCAAUCUCAAGGUACACAUGCGGCAGCAUACAGGAGAUAAGCCCUACGUUUGUGAGUUGUGUGAGAUGGCGUUUACCAAUAAGGUCAGCUUAAAGAACCACAAGAAGAAACUGCAUGGGAUUGACUGGUGGAAAGAGAGAGAAUCAUUUGAAAAGGAAGAUGAUUGAAACAGGAAGAUCCUGAGAUAAAUCAAAGUGUUGGCUCUGAAUAGAGAAAACAAAAGAUCUGAUUUGUUGAUAUAUAUAAGGAAAGGCCAGACAAAUAAUACUCAAACAGGACUCGUCUCGGCUUUAAUUACCAAAAGAUGAUUGCUAAUUUUAGACGACAAUUAUAUAUAUAUAUAUAUCAUAUAUACACAUGUAAAUCUAUGUGAAAUAACUGUGAGAGCAGGGAAGCACGCUAUCUAUUUCACAAGCAGUCUGUAUUGAAUUUGGUUUGUGUUCAUUAGCCCCCUGUUAUAAUUUGACAUCGGGAUGUUUGUUUUUAUGCCUCCGCCACACAAAGUGAGUACCGGAGGAAUGUUUUCGGGUUGUCCGUCCGUCAUUAUUCAUGUGAACCCAGAAACUUAAAGGUAAAGACCAGUAUUGGAAACGCCCCAAUUUCAAAAAAUGAAAUGGAAGCUCUUAUUACCAAUCAUGUGAAAGAAUAUGCUUUGACCAA